AUGGUCAUAUAUUUCAAUUACGGGUUGCUGUUUGCAUUAUUUGUGCUACCUGGAAUCUUACUUGGGGAUUUGGUUUUUCGAUGCCCAAGUUGCACCGCUGAGCAUUUGGCUGCAUGUCCCAAAGUCACAACAGUAUGUACAGAAAUAGUGAGGGAGCCGGGCUGCGGUUGCUGUCCGGUAUGUGCCAGGCUGGAAGGGGAACUUUGCGGCGUCUACACACCAAGGUGCUCCAGUGGCCUAAGGUGCUAUCCGAGCAUGGAUGCUGAAUUACCUUUGCAACAGCUCAUCCAGGGUUUAGGAAGAUGUGGACAAAAAGUGGAUGUGGAUGUCACGGCAAGUCAGACCCACCAGGCUACAAAUGAAGUGCAUGGGACUGCGAAUCCACUCACCAAGAGACCUGCCAUAGACACUUGGUUUUGGCAGGAGUCUGCCAGGAAGCAACACCUGAAUGAGCGCAAAACCAAGAUGAAGUUUAAUCAGCUAGAGGACCCUCGAACCCAGAGAGUGCCUCAGAAUGCCUGUCAGCAGGAGUUGGACAAGGUCUUAGAGGAGAUCUCUAAAAUGACCUCUGAAGAUAACAGAGGCCCACUGGAGAACCUGUACGUGCUCAAAUUUCCAAACUGCGACAGAAACGGACAGUACAACCUCAAACAGUGCAACAUGUCCACCCACGGCCAGCGGGGCGAGUGCUGGUGCGUUGACCCCUUAACUGGGGUCCAGAUUCCAGCAACACCAAGAGUCAGAGGGGAUCCCAACUGUAACCAGUUUCAGGAAGAGCUCAGAGUGAUGCCCACCGCAGCCUUCCGCUAACAGUGUUGAAUUUCCUUCAAACUUCAAAAAUCUGGGAGGAUUUGGCCAUGAAUAGGGUUUCUUCAAUAUCAACAUGUAAAGAAGUCACUGUAAAUAAGGGCUUUUUUAAUUGACACUGUGUUUAAGGUUAAACUGGUUUAAAGGAUAAGGCUGGUGUUAUUCUCUAUUUUUCUCAACACGACUGGCUUUGGUUGCACAGGUAAUACUUGAUAGGGGGAUGAAUUCAUUGUUUAUUUUUGGUCUUUUCAUGGGAUUUGAUGAAGACAAAGCUGCAAUCAUUUUUUUUUUUUUAAUUUAAUUUAAUUUUUGGGCCACCUGGGGGCAGCAGAGCAAGCUGUAAACAUAGUAAUGACAUAUGAUCGCUAUGGUGAGAGUGUCAGAAAACAAUAGUCCACUGCGACAGACACAGAGUAACAUUUGUGACAGUUGUGUUUGUGGCCAGCGGACAUGUAAGUACAAUAUUCACUCUCUUUUAGCUCUGUUUUGGUCUCCACCAACCAUCUCACUAUGUUCAUUAGCUUGUCGUAAGCUUUGACGCUUAUUUAGUGUAAGGCAGGUGGUGUAUACUGGAUUUAACAGAGCUUUUUUGUUGGCACCUGCUGCUGCUGGAAAUGAAACUGAUGAAAGUGGAGUUGGGGGGCCCAGAAAUCUAAAACAAUGAGCUGAAAGACGUGAAAAAGCUCCAUACUGUGGGUAACCGCCAAGUCAGGUGAUAAUUCUCUGUGAGUUUGUCGUUAUGAACAACCUCUUUCACAUUACAUUUUGUAAUUUGGUUCAUUGUUAGUAUAAAAAUACGGAUCAAUGCAGCUUUAAGGUUAAACUUCAUGAGGCUUUCAUCAGCAUUCGGAACUGUUUUGAUUUGAUAUUUCUGGGUACAACAGAUAAAAAAUAUCCUUUUGGCCUGCUUUGGCACAUUUCUGUUCUUUAACGCCCCUGUUAAAUAAAUCCAUAAUUAAAAACAUGUUCACAUACUUUUUAAUACUACUACUUUUUAGUGUAAUUCCAUGAUUUCCUAAAACGAAGAACUGCAACUCCGGGAAAGCCUUGAACAUUUGAAUGCUCACAUUCACAUCUGAACAUCUGUCUCCCACCAGCCCCAGUCAACUGAUACUCAUGCCAGAUUUGAUGCUAUGCUAAUGAACUGCCACUGAAGUCAGUUCAGGCAGACAAGCCUCUAUUUUCUUGAAAUGUGAAAGACUUACAGGUGCUCCUUGAAAUCCUUUGACAUAUCAGAUCUGUACACACAAAUCUACAACUAAGUUGAUGAUUGAGAAGCUUUUAUUUUUGUAUGAUUAUAUCUUGUGAAUUUUCUUGGUGAAGUUUGCUUCCUACAUUGUAAGCUGUAUAUGAAUUAAAUGCUGCUUUGCUCUGACAGUCACUGAAUAGAGAAAGUUGUU